GAACCAGGUGGACGAAGUCAUCGACGUUAUGCAGGAGAACAUCACAAAGGUGAUUGAAAGAGGCGAGCGGCUGGAUGACCUACAGGAUAAAUCAGAAAGUUUAUCAGACAAUGCAACAGCUUUUAGCAACAGAGCCAAGCAACUGCGGAGACAGAUGUGGUGGCGAGGCUGCAAGGUGAAGGCAAUCAUAGCACUGGUGGCGGUCGUUCUUCUGCUUGUUAUCAUCGUACCCAUAGUCCUGAAGUACCAUACCUGACGAGGCAGCCGCAGGAGGCUUUGGUGGAGCUGGCUCUGGGAUAACCAAACUGCUGUGUAAUUUA